GCCGUCACGUGGUGGGGCGCGGGUUCCAGCCUGCGGCUGGGGAGGCCGCCCGGUAUUCGCCAUGGAGCUGGCACCCCGGACCUCUCCCUUGUCUCUGCUGCUGCUGCUGCUGCUGCAUCUGGGUUCGAGCACCGGAGUGGCCACGGACCAGCCUGCAGAGGAGGGAAAGGAAGUAUGGAAUUAUGUGACUGUUCGCAAGGAUGCCUACAUGUUCUGGUGGCUCUAUUAUGCCACUAAUCCCUGCAAGAACUUCUCAGAACUGCCCCUGGUCAUGUGGCUUCAGGGUGGCCCGGGUGGUUCCAGCACUGGAUUUGGAAAUUUCGAGGAGAUUGGGCCCCUUGACAGUGAUCUCAAACCACGAAGAAGCUCCUGGCUCCAGUCGGCCAGUCUCCUAUUCGUGGAUAACCCGGUGGGCACUGGGUUCAGUUACGUGAACAGGAGUGACGCGUAUGCCAAAGACCUCGCCACCGUGGCGUCAGACAUGAUGGUUCUCCUGAAGACUUUCUUCGAUUGCCACAAGGAAUUUCAGACGAUUCCAUUCUACAUUUUCUCAGAGUCCUACGGAGGAAAAAUGGCAGCCGGCAUUGGUCUAGAACUUUAUAAGGCCAUUCAGCAAGGGACCAUCCAAUGCAACUUUGCCGGCGUCGCUUUGGGUGACUCUUGGAUCUCCCCUGUUGAUUCGGUGCUCUCCUGGGGACCAUUCCUAUACAGCGUGUCUCUUCUCGAUGACCAAGGCCUGGCAGAGGUGUCUCAGGUUGCAGAGGAUGUCCUGGAUGCCGUGAAUAAGGGGCUCUACAAAGAGGCCACCCAGCUGUGGGGGAAAGCAGAAAUGGUCAUUGAACAGAACACAGAUGGUGUGAACUUCUAUAACAUCUUAACUAAAAGCACUCCCAUGUCUGCGGUGAAGUCGAGCCUAGAAUUCACCCAGAGCCCCCUAGUUCAUCUUUACCAGCGCUACGUGAGACACCUCCAGCAGGACUCCCUGAGUCAGCUCAUGAAUGGUCCCAUCAGGAAGAAGCUCAAAAUUAUUCCUGAGGAUUGCUCCUGGGGAGGCCAGUCUGCCAAUGUCUUCCAGAACAUGGAGGGGGACUUCAUGAAGCCCGUCAUCAGCAUCGUGGACGAGCUGCUGGAAGCCGGCGUCAACGUGACCAUCUAUAAUGGACAGCUCGAUCUCAUCGUGGACACCAUAGGUCAGGAGGCCUGGGUGCGGAAACUCAAGUGGGCAGAUCUGCCGAAAUUCAAGCAGCUGAAGUGGAAGGCCGUGUACAGUGACCCUAAGUCUUCGGAAACGUCUGCUUUCGUCAAGUCCUACAAGAACCUGGCUUUCUACUGGAUCCUCAGAGCUGGGCACAUGGUUCCUUCUGACCAAGGGGACAUGGCUCUGAAGAUGAUGAGGAUGGUGACUCAGCAGGAGUAGGACGGACUGGCGGUGAGUUGCUCCGCCCCGGGGCACGGGAGGCAGAGCCAGGACCCUGGCGCUGUAGGAGGCACCGGCCUCCCGCCCGUCUCCCACGGAACCCGCCUGCCUGACGGAACCCCGCCUGCCUGUCAGUGUGAAGGUUCCCGCCCGCGUCUCCUGAGAACACACUCGCUGUCUCCGCGGCAACUUGGAAAUUAUUUCUGCUUCUGAAGAACUCCCAUUUUUUCCUGAUGGAUUUGUUUUAAUCAAAAUGAAGCGUUGAAAUAGGUUGACAUUUUGGUAUUACAAAAUGAUGUGAUUUAUGGGGGAAAAAAAAGAAAUACAAGUGAACAGAAUAAACACCCUUUUACUCCCUUCCCUGGGACAAGCUCGGUUACCCUUUCACUGUCCAGCCUUGUAAGUCUUUUUUUUUCCCAUAUAUGCAUAUAUAUUUUUUACAGAAAUGGGAUCAUUACUGUAUGUUGUCUGACGACCUGGCACACAUACCAAUUGUCCCAUCACUUCUUCAUGUCAAUAAAUGUUCUCUUGUGACAUUUUUAAUA